AUGAGAAGUAUUGCUAAGCUCAAUGAAGAGGUUUCAAGUCACGUUGAUGCGCUGGCUCAUAUUACGAACGUUUCGGGUGUUAUACGAGAGCUCUUAAGAAAUUCCAUUGAUGCAAAUGCAACAAAGGUUUCCAUAAUUCUUGAUCUUGCAACAUUUAGUUUUCAAGUAUGCGAUAAUGGUCAGGGUAUUGCAGAAGAGGACUUUUCUAUGGUUGGUCUUCGGAACCACUCAUCGAGAGAUGUUGACUCUAACCCAAGAUAUAGGCAUAAAGGUAACUCACUAUAUUCCAUGUCGCAGCUUGGAAUCAUAUCUAUAGUAUCUAAAGUGGGACCCACUAUGGUACGCAUUUAUCGUGAAAAACGAGAGAUGUUUAGAGGUGAGCAAGAUUGCAAAACUUCGAACCCUAACUUCAGCUUCAGCUUUGACGGGGAAAUGACGACUAGUGUUGCUGCUUCGAACAUGUUUGCUAAUAUCCCUAUUCGUAGAUCUCAAUUGGAAAAUAUGCCAGAACAUAGAGUAUUGGAGGAUAUUAGAAGUGUUGUAUUCGAGUGUAUGAUCUCCAAGUGUGUAGAGAUGGAAGUAAGCAAGGUGCUGGUGAAAGCUGGGGAAGAAAGUCAAUUACAAACGUUAUUGAAAGUACCCCUGUCGGUAUUGAGAUUGAAAGAUCCAGUAAAGUACGGUAAAUUAUACUCAAUUGUUUACGGCAAGAAAGCAGACUUCAAGGAAGUUGACCGGACCAUAGGAAAAUGUAAAAUUGUUGGGACAUAUGAUUCCAAGCAAAGCUAUAAAAGCCAUAUUUGUAUCAUAGUUAACAGAGAACCCUUUGAGCUUCUGAAUGAAGAUUUGAAGAAGAUCUCAAAGUCAACUUCUGUAGCCAUCUUGAAAAUUGACUUUACUGAGCAUCCAAUACGUGAAAUAGCACGAAGUACAAAGUAUUAUAAUGAAGUUUUGAAAAUCAUUUUGGAAGUCUUGAACGUGAAUUAUCAGUUCAGUCCUCAUAAAGAUGAAAGUAUAAGUCCACAUAAAAGUAUGAAUUUGCAUACUGAUGGAAGUGAAAGGACGAGUCCAGUCAAAAAAUCAACUUCACUUGACAGUAAAAGUGCAAGUACAAGUCCGCUUAAGAGGUUGAAUUUGGAAGAUGAGGAUUCUCCAGUGAGUCCAUCAAAAAGACUGAGCCAUUUUACUCCGCUAAUUAGAAGCCUGGAAAUCCUUCAACAGCAGUUGAGUACGAUCCGGAAUCAGGAAAGUGCGAGUCAUUCACAUUUUUGUACAGUAGGGGUGGAAGACCCCAGCUUUUCUACUUCAAAUAUUACGUUCAAGAGACAAGAUUUGAAAGAGUACAAUUUCAAAGUUAUACGACAGUUGGAUAAAAAAUUUAUUUUGCUAACUACUCGAGAACCUUUUGCGUUAUUGGCCAUCGACCAACAUGCUUGUGAUGAAAGAAUACGAUAUGAAAGGUUACUAAAGACUUUGAUUGAGGAGAUAAAGGAUAAAACAAUUGAUAUAUGUGUUCCAUUGAAGACAGAAGUGGAUUUGGCUUAUUAUGGAGUUGAAGAUCGUGAGGCAUUCGCAGCCAAUUUAUCUCACUUUCAAACUUGGGGGGUAAAGUAUAAAGUAGAAGGGAAUGGACUUGUAAUUACACACUUGCCAAGGAUUAUAAUAGACAAGUUGUGCUCAGGUUUUACUACCGAGUUGUCUAAAUACUUGUUACAGUAUGUAUAUGAAAUUGAGAAUAAAUUGAAGACACCAAUAUCGAGAACUAUUGACCUUGUGCCGUGGUAUGAGAAUAUUAGAAACUUACCCAAGGUACUUAUAGACAUAAUCAGUACUAAAGCGUGCAGAUCUUCUAUUGUCUUUGGAACUGAAUUGACUACAGCAGAAAUGAAUCAUCUUGUGUUGACAUUGGGCGAAUGUGAAUAUCCAUUUCAAUGUGCUCAUGGAAGACCAUCUAUUGUUGGGGUAGCGAAAUAG